ACCUUUCAAAUCUAGCUACAAUGGCACUUGAGGCACUUGCUUCUAAUGAGCUCUCCAACUUCAUCAUCUAUGAUACUCUCACUACUACUACUCCAAAUUACUGCCAUGGCUCUUCAGAGACAAGCUUCUUACUUGAAAACAGUAAUUCUACAGAUGGGAUUCAUAACAACCCACAUUUCCAUGGCUUAGGAACAGGGGAUUUCCGGCAAACUUCUGGUCGACCGCCGCCGCUGCCGCUGCCGCCGCCAUCGGAGAUUCAACCCAGCAUUGUGGCAUCAGAACUACCCAUUAGUGGGAAAGUGAAUAAGAAUUCAAAUUACAAUUUUGAAAACAGAAAGAAGAGAAGAAGAAGGUCAAGGGUUUGUAAGAACAAAGAAGAGGCAGAGACACAGAGAAUGACCCACAUUGCUGUAGAAAGAAACCGCAGGAAGCAAAUGAAUGAACACUUAGCUGUUCUACGUUCAAUGAUGCCUGACUCUUACAUACAAAGGGGUGACCAAGCAUCUAUAGUAGGUGGAGCUAUAGAAUUUGUUAAGGAGCUUGAGCAACUUCUGCAAUCACUUGAAGCCAAGAAACAUCAACUGGAAAAGGAAGGAGGAUCUGAAAGAGCCCAUGAGAACACUAGCAACAACAACAACAACAACAACAACAACUUCUUGUCACCCCCAUUUGCUGAGUUCUUUAGUUACCCUCAGUACUUAUGGUGUCAAAACCCUUGUAAGUAUCCAGUUGAGAACAGACCAGCCAUUGCUGAUAUUGAAGUUACAUUAAUUGAAACUCAUGCCAGUAUGAGAAUCCUCUCAAGAAGAAGACCCAAACAGCUCUUUAAAUUGGUAGUUGGAUUUCAAGCUCUGCUUCUCACCAUUCUUCAUCUCAAUGUCACCACCUUGGACCCUCUUGUUCUGUAUUCCUUCAAUGCCAAGGUAGAGGAAGGAUGUCACCUGACCUCAGUAGAUGACAUAGCAGGUGCAGUGCACCACAUGCUCAGAAUAAUUGAAGAAGAAGCUACCCUAAACUAAGAAUCUUCCAUGCUUUCCCCAAAAUACCCUCUCUGUUUCAUCUUGUUUGCUUCAAUGUAUCAAGCUAUUGAGAUGGGUUUU